GUAGCACUGAUUUCAGUACCACAGUGUUCUGGUUCAGCUCUCACCAUGGCGCAGUAUUUCGCUGUUUUCAUGAUUCUCUGUAUCUCUGAUGUUUCACUGGGAACAACCACCUCACCUCAGCAACAAAACACCGCAAAGUCAAAAGAUUUAUGCGAGGUAAGAAAUGCAUGAAGAUAAAAAGGAGUAAGCCUGUGAAUUAGGUACUCCCAAAGACCAUUUUACUACCGUAAAGUUCCGAAAGUGAUAUAAUGGGCACAUGGGCACUUCAAAAAAUUUAAUCGCAAAAAAAGUGAAAGGAAACAAGGCCAAUAAUUUAACCACCAUAUCAGAAAUGACCAAAUAUUUUUUACCCAAACGCGAACUUUCGAGUACUAGAAUCUCGCGUUCUAUUUAGAACUUCAAAAGUGGCGCUCUUACGACCUGACCACACGGACGUAAACACAUGCGCAGAAUAUUCACACUGGCGCGAGUGACUUCCGGUCAGAGUCGGUGACCUCAAAAACGUCGCGCGCGCGCGCGCGCUCUGAUUGGCCGAGUGGCGUGUUUCUCUGAGAGUGUGUAAACAUGGUUAUGACGUUAAGAUAUUUUGCUUUUCGCGCACACUUAUUACGCAGGCACGAAUUGAAGAAAAGUUUUCGAGUUGAAAACUCGACAAGUUUACUUUAUUUACCUAUUCCUUCGUCGGCUGAAACUAGAAAAAUCUUUACAAAGACUUUUUGUUUAAGACUUCGCGACUGGUAAGAACUUAUCUUUUAAUCAGUGCGAUAAUAAAGAGUUUUGAGUUUUUUGGGGGAAAGUUAAUUUAUAAAAGUAAUAGAAAACUUUUUCCUGUAUUUACAUAGCCAAAUAUAAUCACUCAGGGGUUGGGGGAAUUCCCGACAGCUAUGCAAACCCUCGACUUUGUCUCACGUCUGUCUCGAAUACUCCCAACCCCUCUCUGGCUAUUCAAACACGGGAAACGUUUUCUAUUGCUUAUAUGUUUCAAUUUCCAUUCACCACUUGCACAUCUACCAUAAUGCACCUUAUUCCCCACCCUUGCCCAGUUUUGCAUAACCUUUUCCCUGGGUAUUACAGCCGUUCCACGAGAAACUGAAAAACAAUGCUGAUGUAAAAAUUUGGGGGAUGGGGGGGGGGGGGGGGGGGGGAAAAAAGGGGGGGGAAAAAAAAAGGGUAAGAUAAAAAUUGGGGGGAGGGGGGGGGGGGGUUGGGGGCAAAUAAGGUGGGAGAUGUGCAAGUGGCGAAUAAACACCGUCACUGGGGCUUUUCCCUUAUGAACUUGAGGUACCUCCCCUCCUAUUCUCUAAGGGAAAAGCCCUAAGGACGAAGUUAAAUUUCCAUAGCACUUGUUGAAUAAGGGAGACUUUGUCUCUCUCUCUAAUACGUCCAUUCAAGGCUAGACCAAAACACUAACUGGAAGGAUCAUGGUAUUCAAGGUCUAUUGUGCCUCUCAAACAAGGGAGGCUGCAAUAAUCUUUGUCGUUUCGUGGUCUUUCUAUUUUAAUGUUAAUGGGGCAGGUUAUUAACCAGUUUUUACCUGGUUUCCACAUUAAAGUACAAUCCAUCUUUCCUUUCAGCGAUCUAUACUAGGUUUCCCUGGCAUUCCAGGAUCAAACGGCAUGCCGGGAAUGCCCGGUGUUCCGGGGCCGCAAGGACCUCAGGGAAGGGAAGGUGCAAAAGGACAAAACGGUGAUAAAGGAUCACAAGGAAUGCCGGGUCCACGAGGAGACAGAGGGCGCGAAGGGGCUUUCGGAAAGAGUGGACUGCCAGGAAUCAAGGGAAUAAAAGGUGAACAGGGACUUGUGGGGAUAAAAGGAGAGCGAGGCAUUGUGGGAAAUCAAGGAAGAAAAGGAAGCAAAGGAGAGAAAGGAGAAAGCGCCAAAGCAAGUCAAGCAAGUGCAGUACCACAAACCAACUGGAAACAAUGUGUGUGGAAAUCAGAAACCAACACUGAUAACGGGAAGAUCAAGGUAAGUGUGAUAAUCAUUGUUAGUUGAUGACCUAGACUUUCACCCAAGUAAACAGGGACUACCAUGACCUACCAUUCGUUUACUCUUGGUCACGUGACCAUGGCAAUUGGCAAUGUAUCUCGUGAUAUGUAUAACUUAGCGGUUUUAGACCCCGCUCGGGAUACAACAGCACGUGAUCAAAGCAAGGUGGAAAGUGGCAAGACAGAAGGCAUGAAAAAACCCUGCCAGUUUUUAUUUUUUGUGAAUUCUGAAUAAAACAACACAAACACGGGGCCUCAAGCUAAAAAAAUACGAUUUAGAGACACAUCAAGCCGGCUAUUGGAAGAAAGUAAUUUGUUAAUCAUUUCAUAAUUUAAGGGCAUAUCACCCCAAAUUUGUUAAAAAAUGGAAUAAAAAAUUAUAGAAAACUUGUAAUAAACGAUGCCACAGAUUGUUUUCAACUUUAGAUAAAUCUCAUUUUUUUACAGCCAUUUUUAAAUAUUUUUGCUCAACUUUUUAGGCUGUAGGCUGGGGGCAGUCUCUCAUAUUCCUUUGCAAAGCUUAUACUCCACGCGAAAACCAUGCACGCGAGCAGCGAGCUCCAUGCCGCAAGCCGCGAUAAGCAAGCGUAAGCCCAGGAAGAAACAAUAAUUCUAAUCCGGCUCCGCCUCGGGAAACAAAACUAACUGUUUCUCUCGGGACCAGUAAUUAAGUGUUUACUGUGGUCGCGGGCAUAAAUAUAUUUUGGGCCUGACUCAGACUCAUUUCAGCCCAAGUCGCAAGGCGAGGGUUAAAAUAGGACCCAGAAAAAGGGUCCCUCUCCAGAGAAUAGAGGUGUCCCUUCAAUAGAGGCAUUAGAUACAUAAAUUAUGUAAGCAUUUUUCCGGGACAAAAUUUUGUGUCCCCUGAAUGGAAGUGUCCCUUGAUUAGAGGUGUCGGAAAGGAGAGAUUCCACUGACCACUGUAGACGGCUUUUACAGUCUUUUUUAGGCUGUGCCAUUGUUGGCCUGGUGGAAGUGAUAGAGGCAUUCAUUUCUCCUGGAGACAUUGUUCUUCUUAAAGAGUCUUUUUCACUUCCCGUGAGGCAUUUGUGCAUUGUUUAUUUUGAUUUUAACGGACGAGCUGCGAUCUGUGGGGAGAAGAACAUUAUGCCGUCUCAUAAUGAGGAAUGAACGUAGUCGUUAAAUUUUUGCUAGUCAGUGCUCAUUUUGGUCCCAAAAAGCGGCUGCGUUGGAAUACUUGAGGAUAUUUUUUUGCAAAUAAGACCUUUAGCGACAGGUUUUUCCUGACCACGAGACCAAGGUUUUUGCGGCCCCCUUUGCAGUUUGCAGCUCACGUUUGAACGGCAGGAAGGGCUUCCAGCGGUAAGUGGCUUACGGCAAGGUUUUUUGCGACUAAAAAUUGUGCAGCCUCACUUUUAAAGGCACGAAGUAGCUUUCUUUAUCCGUCUGCCAUGUGUUAGUUGGAGUUUUGAAUUCGAAUAAAGAAUUAUUGCUGUUUUUAUGCGUUUAAAGUGAUGCACUUCGACUUGACGAAAACAACAUGGCAACACUCAACAAUGAACGCCUUGCUGAUAUUUGAAAUCUCGGCAAUGUGAAACUGCAACGCAUAACUGUGAACUGCGGUUUGCGGUUUCCCAUGAAGAACAUGAGUUUAACUUUCGAAGAAAUCUACUAGACCACUUAUCAAUCAUUACACAGUUACUCGUCGCCUUAAUUCAGCAGUAUGUUCGAUUUUAUUCCAGGAUUGUGCAUUCAACAAACUGCAGUCUUCUUCAGCGCUCAAAGUCUCAUUCCAGGGAAACACAAGAAUCGAAAAUCAUGGCAAAUGUAAUAGGUGGUAUUUCAAGUUCAACGGCAAAGAGUGCAGUGGACCAAUGACAAUAGAGGCUGCCUUGUACAGCUCCUGGCCAUCUGGGAAUAUUGGUAAUCAGCUGUACCAUCGGUCAUUUGAGGGGUACUGUGAGAACAUCCCACAAGGCGCAGUUAGAGUAGAAUUGUGGGUAGGGCGGUGCAAUAGUGGUCACGCCCAGGGUGAUUCUUACACUGGGUGGGGCUCAGUGUCCCGUAUAAUGAUUGAAGAAGUAUCUAGGCCCCAGUCCUAA